CCCCCAUAGUGCCUGUGGAUCUAUAUUGCCACUCUAAGGACCAACUACUGAGGUAUAAUCCGGAGGCCCUUAUGAUAUACUUGUCUCUAGAAUAAAAUGGAGCUUCACCAUUAUGGUAUGUUCACAUGGCAGAAUUUCCAUACCAAAUAGCGCAGAAGAAUUUCACAUAGAAAUUCCACAGCAGCAGAGUUCUAUUGAUUUGAAUUGUAUUCUGCUGCAUUAUGCAAUCACAAGGCAAGAAUUCCAGCUAGGAGACAUGUAAGCAUUCUCAGAAGUUUAUUGCAGUAAAAACAGACAUCAGCGGGCACCCACGUGGCAUCCACGGACACAUCGUCAUCAUCAACACCUUCAAAAAACUGGCAACUGUGACGUGAACUGACAGUGACGACUGAUUUUAUUUAACAGCCAAAAAAGCAGGAGCAGCUUCUCUAACCCUCCACUUCCUAAGCCUGCAGCAUGCUGAAUGAGGGUAAAAUGGCGUCCGUGCAAGAGUAAUGAUCCAUUCCUGGUUUUGUGUUCGAAAACUGCUUUAAGAAAACUGAAUACACCCUUAAAACCCUAGAUGCUUUCAUUCACCUGUGUAAAGCCUUGCAAGUCAGAAGGGUGCCAUUUGAGGAACUGAAUGUACAUGGAAAGUUGAUAAUGUUAAAAAAUGUUUGACAAGAAGAUCCCAAGCACAGCUAAUAUGGAUGAUGAACCUCCAGCCUACCAGCCUCCAGCAAUUACUCCAUACUUGUCUACUCCACAAUACUGCCUGCAGCCAGUGCCCACUAUGACACAUCCACAAGCCACCUACUUUUGUUAUUGCUUAGCUAUUUCUCACAUUGUCACUCCGUGUCAACCUAAAGUGAUCUAUCACCAACCGGUUCCUGUUUGCAUUGUGGAGACCGGAACACAUCCGAUUGGUAGGUGUCUGGUUGAUUCCCCAAGCCCCGCAACAUGUCCUUCAUGCCAUGAGAAUGUAGUGACAAGAGUUACCUUCCAUUCAGGACUUCUUACCUGGCUUUUAUGUGUAGCAAUUAUGUUUUUGGGGCUCGUGGCUGGAUGCUGCUUGAUUCCCUUCUGUAUGAACGCUACGAAAGAUGUGGAUCAUUUUUGCCCACGUUGCGAAUGUCACCUCUUCAAGUACAAAAGGCUCUAGCAAAAGUUCUCAAAAACUGAAGCCUGAAUGAAACACAAUAAAAUGUUUUGGACACUUUCACGUUAUAAACACAAACUAAACACAAACCUUACUUAGACUCAAAGCACUUUAAUUAAAGGAUUUAAUGGCUAUGGACACCUAUGAUGGUUUUUGUAAGAAUUUCUUCACAUUAAUGUCACUUCUACAGCACUCUUCAUAUCCAAACUAUCCUACGAAUCUCCCACAUUCACACUCCAAUCCAGACAGCUGUGUAGCUUUUUAUUUAUGUAAAUAAGUGUUUGUUUAUCUAUAGCCUAUUAGAAUUUAUUUAUAUAUUUUAAAGCCUAAGCACUAAGUGUCACUUGGGGGGUUUCUGGUGAAUAUGUAUAUAACCUGUUGUAAAUGGAAUGUUUAAAGUAUAAAUAUAUUAACAGAUUGAUGAAAGAGCUGCAAAGGAUUUUGCACUUUCCUUUGUAUACUGCACUUUCCCUUUUUUUGGUCAUGUAAA